UGGUACAUCCCAAAAAAGAGGGCGAGUUUACUGCGUAACCUCAGAUCUUCAGCUUCCCUCGCUCAACUCGUAGUGCUUGCACGGCUAACGGCUAUUACUAAUGGCGUCCACGGAGAUAGCGAGGCAAGCGGGAGAAGGUGCUCGCGCCGUACCUCUCGCAGGCCAUGUUGGCUUCGACAGCAUGCCCGACCAGCUUGUCAACAAAUCUGUCAAUCAUGGAUUUUGCUUCAACAUCCUCUGUGUCGGUGAGACGGGACUGGGCAAGUCCACCCUGAUGGACACACUGUUCAACACCAAGUUCGAGGGUGAGCCCACCCAGCACAACCAACCUGGGGUGACGCUAAAGUCCAACACCUAUGAACUGCAGGAGAGCAACGUCCGCCUCAAGCUCACCGUUGUCAACACAGUGGGCUUUGGAGACCAGAUAAACAAAGAAGACAGCUACAAGUCCAUUGUUGAAUUCAUCGAUGCCCAGUUCGAAGCAUACCUCCAAGAGGAGUUGAAGAUUAAGCGCACUCUACAUAGCUACCACGACACCCGCAUCCACGCAUGUCUCUACUUUAUUGCCCCCACGGGACACUCGCUGAAAUCCCUGGACCUGGUGACCAUGAAGAAGCUGGACAGCAAGGUCAACAUUAUCCCAAUCGUCGCCAAAUCCGACGCCAUCUCUAAGAGCGAGCUGGCCAAGUUCAAGAUCAAAAUCACCAGCGAGCUAGUCAGCAACGGCGUGCAGAUCUACCAGUUCCCCACUGACGACGAGUCCGUCGCAGAGAUCAACUCCAGCAUGAACAGCCAUUUGCCCUUCGCCGUGGUGGGUAGCACGGAAGAGGUAAAAAUCGGGAACAAGAUGGUGAAGGCCCGCCAGUACCCCUGGGGCACAGUGCAGGUGGAGAACGAGAAUCACUGCGACUUUGUCAAACUGCGAGAAAUGCUGAUUCGGGUCAACAUGGAGGACCUGCGGGAGCAGACGCACACGCGCCAUUACGAGCUGUACCGCCGCUGCAAGUUGGAGGAGAUGGGCUUCAAGGACACAGACCCUGACAGCAAGCCCUUCAGUCUGCAGGAGACAUAUGAAGCAAAGAGGAACGAGUUCAUGGGCGAGCUGCAGAAGAAGGAAGAAGAAAUGCGGCAAAUGUUUGUUCAGAGAGUCAAAGAGAAAGAGGCGGAGCUGAAGGAAGCGGAAAAAGAGCUGCACGAAAAGUUUGAUCGUUUGAAGAAACUGCACCAGGAUGAGAAGAAAAAGCUGGAGGACAAGAAAAAGUCCCUGGACGAUGAGCUUAACACGUUCAAACAGAAAAAGACUGCCACUGAGCUCUUGCAGAAUCAAGCCCAGCAGGCAGGGGGCUCUACCACGCUCAAACGGGACAAAGAGAAGAAAAACUUCUUUUAAUGUGUCUUGACCAUCUGAAGAGGGUGAUGGCAGCUUCAGCAACGACUAAGCACCUUUUACCGCUUCUGUUUCCCCCUCUGCUGUAUCGCUUUUUUAUUUUUUCUUCUCUCUCAUCUUAUCAUCUCCUACUGUAUUGUCAAACGUAGGCCUACGUGGACUCGCAUGGUAUCUCUUACCGACCUUGUGAUGCUCUGAUCCUGCAGCCCACUCCGACAACAGGAAUUAAAAAACUUCCGAACCGUUAUCAAAAAAUGCACGUAAAUAUAAAAGUGUCAUGGAAAAGGUUUCUCACCUCCGAUCUUAAAUGCAGGCUGACGGGGCAGGUUGGAGUGUUUUAAUCCACUUGUCUAGAUGUUAAAUUAUAUGCCUUUGCAAAUCAUGGGAGGAUUGGGACCUGUUAACUAAAACAUGCCUUUAAAAUGACAGGUGUACACUGUGUAGUGAAAGAAAUAAUCACCAAAUUUAACAGUCGACAUGAUGCCAAAGCAAUAUAGAAAUAAUAAUAGCACUUCUUUUGAUGGUGUCCAUGUUUACAUGCCACUUGAAUACCAUGGAGGUCACGUGUUAUGGCCUUUUUGACACAUUGUGCUUUAAUAUUCACCAGCCUACUACGAUACUCCAUAUUUUGCAUGCAUUUAGAAAAUAAUUUCUCUACUGCUGUGACCUGUUUUCAAUUCCCUAAAUAACUCUUUUGCUAUGUCCUUCUGUUGUUGAAAAUCAUGAGUCUGAAUUUGUUAAAUCCUAUGCUUUCAGCUCCCUUAUGUUGCCAAAUAUUACUAUAAGAAGGAACUGAAGUGGAACCAGAUAGGAAUAUUGAAAAAAAAAACAAAAAACAUGCAUUUAUAUUAUUUAUAAGGAUAUAUUUUGUGUAUUAAAGUGCAUUGAAGACUUGUUGUUUAUGACCUAUGCUCUUGGUUGUUGCGAAGUAACAUUUUUGGUGUCAGAAAAACAUUUUUCUAGUAUCCGUCUUGUCAGAAAUCCUCGCCUACACGACCAAUCAUUCAAUAUCUCGCCUAGAUUCAAUUCCAUUCAUUCAUGUACAUUUUCAAUAAAAAAAAUAUGAACGAAGCAAUUGAAGAUAUUG